CUGGUAUGUACUUCCGCUUCACUCUACUGUCGAGUGUUGUCGAGAACGUCACUUCAUUCUACAAGUAACGCAAGAUAUUUUCGAGUUCUUACUCUUUACAUAAUCUUACCUAAUAUUUACUUAAACUCAUCGACAGUAGCCAUGAGUCGUUCAACAAUGAAGCCCAACAGCGUUGGUGUCGUCAGUUUGUUUUGUCCUCUCACGGUUCAAAAUGGAGUCGUGAACAACAAGGUCCGUAUGGAAGACAUCGGAGCGCCCUCUGCAACCGAAAAUAAACAGGAUGAUUGUACUAACGAAGUGGAUAAAGUUGGUUCACCCAGAGUUUCACUACCUGUGAGAAAAGGCUUAGGGUUUGAUAGUGGUUUUCACAGUUCGGAUGACGAUGGAUCUUUACCCACAUCUCCAGAUUCUCAGCCAUGUCAUGUCUUCCCUACGGAGGACACGGAACUCCAUCGAGAAACAAGAGAAUUAAUCUUGGAGUUUUACCGGAAUUAUACAGGGCUCUCGGGACCAGAACGGUGUCGACAUAAAGCCAUGGGAACUAUGAGAAAAGUCGUCCAUCAAGUCUUACUAAAGCAUGAGAUCGCAUUCAAAGGUAUGAUGAAGAGGGUAGAUCUGGACCACAUUGAUGAUGGUGUGUCAUUUGUGAGAAGCGUGGCUGAGAACACAUUCAAAGAUGGCGUCACAAACUGGGGUCGCAUCGCCACCUUGGUGGCCUUCGGGGCCACGCUCAGUGAACACAUGAAAGGGGCCGGACGACCAGAAUGCGUGGAGACUGUAGCUAACGAGAUUUCCUCAUACCUGGCCAUCCAGAAGUAUGACUGGCUCUUCAAUAACAAUGGAUGGCAUGGGUUCGUGAAUUUUUUCCAUGUGGAUGACCCGGAGGUUGCGGUGAGAAACACACUCAUGGUGUUUGCAGGUCUCGCCGGCCUCGGAGCUGGACUGGCCUUCCUGAUAAGGUGAAAGGGACUUUUUCCAUCCUCCUCACCUGUCCAUCCUGGCCAAUCACAGCACAGAGUUGAGGCCGGUGUAGAAAUGCUGGGAUCACAAGGCAAGCAAAUGAAUGAAUGAAGAUCGUAUAUACACUUUAACCAUCAAAGAUGUGGCAGUGGGUUUGAUGUCUGCCUGUCUUCUGGCCUCUGUGAAGUCAGGGGCAGGUUUGUUUGCACUCUAUGAGGUGUCUGAACCCCCCCCCCCCCCCCAAUGUGUCGGCACACCCAGUUACAGCGCUCUCUCUGUGCCUCAGGUCGUAGUUACCCGGAAGAUGGCUUCUGCGGUAGUCGAGCUGGCCCCAGUGGAAUCGAACUCUUUUGUGGCGUUUGACUUUUUGCUGUUUUUGUCAGUAGUGAAAUUAUUUUUAUAUGUAAUGUAAAGUUCCAGAAUCUAUUCAAAGUUUAGUGUGUUUUCUCAUCCCUCCAAACCCCACCAAAUCUCCACAGUUGCAGCCAUCUCUAAUGGAUAGCCUGGUGUUAGUUUCGUGCGAGGCACAGACUUCUGUGUUUGUUCCUGGCUGAGUCACAAAAGGCUGUUCUGUAUAAUCUUUCAGCAGCACACAGGCUCAAGUCUAUAUAAGUACUGAGGUGAGAAACACAAGUCAUUUUCAUUUAAUUCAUUUAAGGUUGCUGUACACUGUUUAGUUUAUUUAUGAUUCUGAUUAUGCGCCUUAAAUCAGAUGGUAGAUUG